AGUUGAAGAAGAGCACCAGAGAGGAAAUCUGUACAGAAAGUCUUUGAACAAAGAAGAAAUUCUUUCCAGUGUCUCUAAAAGUGUUUCCUUCAGAGGUGAAUCAUGGCUCUUUAUCAGAUUUCUGGACUUUUUACACAUCGACUCUCAUCCUUCAUUAAUGCUGCCGUGUCUCUAACUCUUCUCUUCUGCAGAGGUUAUUCUCAGGAAGCUCCAACAAAGCAAAUAGUGGCUCUGCUGGGUGAUGAUGUUGUUUUACCCUGUUUCCUGAAAACUCCCGUGGAUGUAUCACAGCUGCAGCUGGAGUGGGCAAGAACUGACCUGACAUCAGGAUUUAUCUACAUGUGGGAGAAAAAGAAAGAAAAUGUGGAGUUGAAAGAGCCGUCGUACGCUGGAAGAACCUCACUGUCCUUUGAUAAACUGAAGCAUGGAGACGUCUCACUGACUCUCUUCAAAGUACAGCUGUCUGAUCAAGGACCGUACAGAUGUUUCAUUCCACAGCUGGGUCAAAGGUCAUAUGUUCAUCUUAUUGUUGGGUCAGCAUCUACACCCGUCAUGAAGGUGAUGUCAAAUGUCAGCAGCAGGGUGGUGUUACAGUGUGAGUCUGCAGGCUGGUAUCCAGAGCCUGAGCUGCUGUGGUUGGACGGUGAGGGAAACCUCCUCUCUGCUGGACCUACAGAGACCCUCAGAGGUCCUGAUGACCUCUAUACUGUCAGCAGCAGAGUGACUGUGGAGAAGAGACACAGCAACAACAUCACCUGCAGAGUCCAACAGAGGAACACCAACCAGAGCAGAGAGACACACAUACAUGUUCCAGGCUCUGCUGUCAGGAAGGAACCAUCGGCCACUUUCAUCAUCGUGAUAGUUGGCCUGCUGUGGAUUUGUUAUUCUCAGGAAGCUCCAACAAAGCAAAUAGUGGCUCUGCUGGGUGAUGAUGUUGAUUUACCCUGUUUCCUGAAAACUCCCGUGGAUGUAUCACAGCUGCAGCUGGAGUGGGCAAGAACUGACCUGACACCAGGAUUUAUCUACAUGUGGGACAAAAAUAAAGAAAAUGUGGAGUUGAAAGAGCCGUCGUACGCUGGAAGAACCUCCCUGUCCUUUGAUAAACUGAAGCAUGGAGACGUCUCACUGACUCUCUCCAAAUGUAAAUAA